GGUAAAUUCCAUCCUUUCUAACCUCCACCUAACCGUGUCAUUUCUCAUUCUCACACUUAUCUUUAAAAGUCCAGUCGUCGUUCCUUAUGCGGCUCUAAGAAAAUAAAAAAGAAAUAAAAAUUCUUCGAAUCAUUCGUGUCUCUCCUUACCCACACGUCUACACACAAGCCACCGUCGGAUCACGCACUCCUUUGUUUGCGUCACCAAUUGUUCUAUUUCGACACAUGACAAACAACGAAUUCUUCUAGCUUUGCUAUUGUUCGUCCACAAGUAGUCAUUCAAGUUCAGAACCACUCUUUUCAAGACUUGACAACCCAUUGUCAUUUAUUUAAAUUUCAAAGGCGGCCAUCGUUUCGUUCACCUACCCAAGGCCUACCAUUCAUUAUUGAUAUCGACUUAUCACCUUCCUUCUCGACCUUCAUUUCAAUAUCAAAUCAUAGUUUAUCGUAGACUUGCCAGGCGCAAGAAUCUCCCCAAUAUUUGGGUCCUUCACAUCUAUUUUCUGUACAUAACAUAUUUUUCCACAUUUCAUUCCGAGUCAACAUGACCUUCACGAAGAUUAUCGGCGGCGCAUUGGCGCUCGGGGUCGCGGCACAGGCUGCCUACACGAUUCAGGAUUCUUACGACAGCACUAACUUCUUCGACGGCUUCGAGUUCUUCAACGAGCCGGACCCAACCAACGGCUUCGUCAACUACGUGUCGGCGACUGAGGCUAACGCCAUGUCCCUCGCCGGAUAUGCCAACGGCGGCAUCUACCUGGGCGUGGACGCGAACACCACUAACCCCACUAACGGUCGUUCAUCUGUCCGAGUAAGCUCCAAGAAGACUUACAGCCAGGGCCUUAUCAUCGCCGAUAUUGCCCACCAACCGGCUGCUGUGUGCGGAAGCUGGCCUGCCUUCUGGACUGUGGGCCCCAACUGGCCGUCCAGCGGCGAGAUCGACAUCAUUGAGGGAGUGAACAUGGGAACGAACACCACCUACACUCUCCACACCGGCUCCGGAUGCACGUUCUCGCAGGGAGACUGCAACUAUCCCGGCACCGGCACUAGCGGCUGCCCAACGGCGAGUAACGAUGUGCUGACUCUCGCUGACGGCUUUAACGCGAUUGGUGGAGGAAUUUUUGCGCUGGAGUGGACUUCUUCAGCAAUUAACAUUUUCUUCUUCCCGCGCACGGGCUCGAUUCCCCAGGAUAUCGCCGCGGGGAAGCCGGACCCGAGCAAGUGGGGAUCUCCGCAGACUUCCUUCUCGGGCAGCGGCUGUGACAUUCCGAGUCACUUCAAGGACAACCAAAUUGUCUUUGAUACCACCUUCUGCGGCGACUGGGCAGGUAAGGUCUGGCCCUACGACCCGGUCUGCAGCAAGAAGGCUGCCACCUGCCAGGACUAUGUCGCGGCCAACCCGACUGCCUUCAAGGACACUUACUGGCUCAUCAACUCCGUCAAGGUUUACUCCGGCGCUACUAACGGUACCGCGAUUUCGAGACGACGAUUCCACGCGUAAAUGCAGCCACCCAUAUAUAUGAUACCUAGGGAAGGCGGGUCCAAUCUUCUGGGCGUAUAUCUCUUCUGGGGAGGCUUAGGUUUUGCGGGCGUCGGGGAGGGAAGGAAGAAAGAGUUGAUACCCAGAGGCUAUCUCUUAGCAAGGCAUUUGCUUUGCAUUUUUUCUUCCUCUUUUUUUCUCUUUGCAUCUGUCGCCAUCUUACCCUCAAAGGAAACAAGGAGUUUUGAGUGGGAAGCAUGCUUAUCUUACGAGGGGCGGAGGCGUUCUGUCGGAUGGAUAGCAAGACAGUGCGCAGUGCAAAUGAUGGAGGGGCGGGCGGCAUUAGCAUGUUUUUGCUUUUUUUCGAUUCUAUUCGAUUCUUACACUUGUACAUAUUUUUUUCUCUCGCAUUUCUUCCUUCUGCCACCGCGCCGAGGCCGUAGUUCGGCUUCGGACGCGAGAUGAGCUAGGAAAGAGAACAUGGACAUGAACAAAUGAUAGCAAUAAAUGAUAGCUAUAUUGCACUUACAACUCUACGCGGCCCUUUCUUCUGGCUAGUGUGAUUGCUGUUGGGAUUUUCGUCUCCCAAGUUUUCGUGGCGGUUUGAAGGUCUAGUUACCUAUGGAGAUUUCGUAUAAUGUAAUGUUCGUGAGUUGGUAGAUUUUUUUUUUCGGUAAUAUGUAAUCAACU